AUGUUUUUGCAUACUUUAGGACUUAAAACAGAUGGUAUGAUAACUUGCCAUAUACAUUCCAAAAAGCGAAGUGUAGAAGGAAUUGCACAAACAGUGGAUGAAAGGGGGUUAGUUAUUAGAGGCAUGCUAGAAGAACAAAAAAUGAGAACAGAGGAAAUUGUCAUAAAGCAUAUAAACUCAUUCAAUCCGGUAGUAUCUCACUAUAAUUUAAGGCACACCCCGAAUAGACGAUUCUUGCCACCUGACUUGACCAUUAAAUACAUGUGGCAAGACUUCUGUAAUCUACAGAAAAUUUCAUAUGAUCUAUACAGAAGAAUUUUUGAAAAACAGAAUAUUGGGUUUAAAAAGCCAUCCCAAGACGAAUGCGCUCAGUGUCUAAAACAUAAAGUUCACAUUAUUCGCCAAUGCGACGCAAGUAGUUGCAAGAUUUGUUGUCAAUUCGAAAACCACAAAAAAAGUUAUACGGAAGCAAGACAGCACUAUGAAAAUGACUCCAAUCAAGAGGUAAUGCAAGAUGAGAAGGUCUAUGCUGUAGAUAUGCAGAAAGUCUUACUCUUGCCCAAAAUGUCAACCAAGGAAUCUUUUUUUGUUUCAAGGUUGGUCGUAUUCAAUGAGACGUUUGCGUCACUUCAUAAGGACGGAAAUAUUUGCGUGAUGUGGCAUGAGGCUAUAAGAGGCAGGUCCGCGACGGAUGUUGCAUCGGCAUACUACAACGACAAUAUGGUUUGACCUUAAGAAAUUUGGCAAUUAUUUGAUAUUGAAAAAACAGAUAAAAAAUCCAAGGCUGUGUGUAAGUUUUGCUGUUUUAAAGACGCCUUUCCAAACGCAACUCGCAUGACGAAUCAUAUAUCAAACCAAUGUUCAAAGUGUCCUUUGGAAAUUAAACAAAAAUAUGGCAAUGAAAUACAAUCGAGUUCGAAGUCUUCGACGUCAAAAGAAAAAGAAAGUAACAAAGAUAUCCCGCUAGAAGCAUUAGAAGAUACCAUUCACCCUUCAACUAGCAAAAAGGACACGUCAUCGAUGUCAUCAUCUUCCGAAUCUCCAUUACCAUCAGUAAAACACAAGAAAGCUACUGCCAACAAACAUUGAGCGGGUUUUUCGAUUAGAUAGCUGUUUCAGAGUCUUCUAAAAUUGAUGAGGCAUUAGCAGUGCUCUUUGUGCUCUUUUUUCUC